UCUGCUUGGUACAUCGUACCGGUACAGUUUACCGUAUUCAAUGCUGCCUGAGUGCUGCUUUGUUCAAGUUGCUUCAAAGCAGACACAAAACAAAGCUCACAAAACGACAAACAACAAACAACAAACAACAACAAAACAACAACUACUAUUUUAAAAUACAAUCAUCUCUACCCAUAUCCACAAUGACAUACAUUUACCCCCUAGCAGCCAAGGUUCUCUCCGAAUUUGUUGGAACCACCCUCACCAUACUCUUUGGAGAGUCCAUUAUUGCAAAUGAGCUGCUUGCUAGCACCAAGGGGCAUGGCAUGGGAUUUCUCGCCGUCGCUAUUGGAUUUGGCUUGGCCUUUGGGGUCAACAUAGCUUGGUUUGCUACCAUUAGUGCCCAUCUCAACCCAGCCAUGUUUUUCUUUUUGGCGCUCAUUGGAAAAGUGGAAUGGAAAGAAUUUCUGGCCUGCUCCUGUGCCAAUUUUGCAGGAGCAUUUGUGGGAGCGGUCCUGGUAGCCAUCUUCUUCAUGCCACAUUUUGGAUUCUCUAUUCCACUUCCUUCCAAUACCAGUGAUACAGCCACCUAUAUUGAAGGACCUGUCAGUAUGGAAACCAAUGCUGGAAGACUUGCCUCUGCAUUUGGACCGGCAUCAAGAAAGAGGGAGAGUGUAACCAUUGGUAGAGAAAUAAGAUCCUUCUUCCAAUUGCCCAAUGAUGAACAAUUCCUGGAAGGCCAAAGCACUGACACACAAGUCACCAACGAUGUCAUUCUCUUGGAGAAAAUGAAAAUGAGACAAUCAAGGCGCCGUAUGUCCACACUACAAACAGCACCACCCACUCACAUGGAGUAUUUCAACCACCACUCUGUCAACUUGGCUGAACUUGCGCGUGCAAGGAAGCCUACAGAAGAUUGUACCAUUGAACAGCUGCGUCAUUCCGUGCAAGUGGCUGGGCUCUUGCGUACUCGUGAUGCCAAUAAUGACAAUGUGCAGCCAAAGGAGGAGGAUAUUGAGGCUGGCUCCACUCACACCGCCCAAACCGUCGAAUCACCCCAACAAGGAGAGCCAGUUCAGACCAAAGUCAGGUUCAAUGGAGAAAGUGAGGAUAUUACUGAUGUUGAAAACCCAUCUAUUGCGGAGGAUCCCAGCAAGAACGACAUGGCUGCUGCAGAAGAGCAAGACACUGCCAUGAUGGCCUACAAGGCCGCCUUGCAGGCGGAUGCCAGUGCCAAACUCUCCAUUUUUGCAACCCGACCAGCCAUCUACAACCGCCCUUGGAACUUUCUGCAGGAAGCAAUUGCCACGGCUGUCUUGGUGCUGGGGGCGGAAAUGUUCAAUUUGCGCAAGGAGUUUCAAACAGAACUCAGUGGGGCAACUUGGCAAGAUGGCUCCUUCUUUCAAUCCUUGUAUAUUGCUCUGUACAUUACUUUGUUGGUUCUUGGCUUGGGAGGAACCACUGGAUUGGCCGCCAAUCCAGCCCGUGAUCUUGGACCACGCUUGGCCCACUCUCUGUUGCCACUUCCCGGCAAAGGAUCCAGUGAAUGGCACUAUGGAUUGGUGGUGCCCCUUUGGGGCCCCAUGUUUGGUGCGGCUAUGGGUGCUGGUAUCUUCAAGUUGAUGGAAGCCAUGUAUGAGAUGGUGGAAAUUGUUGGGGAAGAGGCCAACGAACUUUAAAUGAAGUGGUGACAUCAUGCUGCAUAGAUAGAGGAAUAGAGGCACUAAACAUAGAAGACAAUUUUGAUAUGAGUUGCCAAGGAACAGUUGAAAUGCAUUGAGUAAUAGCUAUAGCUAGCUAGCUACGGAAGUAGCCUAUGAUAGUGUUAUAAAGGAAUCAGAC